CGCCAACGGCGCGAUUCGUUUGUUUACUUUCGCUAUUGAGCGCUAGCUGGAUAAUGUAGGAACCAGCAGGGGAAGAGGGGAGUUUGGCAGGCUGGUUUUCCUCCUCCUCAUAUGGCAACAGCGUCGGUCAAAUGUCCGCUUGUGUGGCUGCUGCUGGGGCUCUGCGUCCGGCUGUCCGAGACCGGAAACACUCGCGUCUCCAUGGGCGACGACGUCCUGCAGCCGUACGCCCACGGCCACGGCCCGUCCCGUCCCCACCGCCACGUCAGAGACUGUCAGUCCGUCGUCCACGGCAACAGCACCUACGAGAGCCACCCCUCCAGCCGCGACGGCGGGCUGCCGGUGGCCGAGUCCACGGCGUUCGUGUCCGACGUGCCGAGGAGCUCCAGGAUGGUUUAUGGCCACAUAACGACGGUGCGCGACCCCCUGAGGACGGUGUCGGUGCUGGAGCCGGGCGGGCCGGGCGGCUGCGGGAUGAAGCAGAGGGCCCCGGUGGAGGAGACGGCCGAGGCUGCCGGGUGUCUCUACGCCCAGAACGCCGGCUUCUUCAGCACGUCCACGGGCCGGUGUCUGGGCAACGUGGUGAGCGACGGCAGGAUGGUGCAGGACAGCGGAGGGCUGCAGAACGCACAGUUCGGCAUCAGGAAGGACGGCACCCUGGUGUUCGGGUAUCUGUCCCAGGACGACGUGUUGGACCAGUCCAACCCGUUCGUCCAGCUGGUCAGCGGCGUGGUGUGGCUGUUGAGGGACGGCGAGGUUUACAUCAACCAGAGCCUGGAGGCCGAGUGCGACGAGACACAGGAGACGGGUACGCACUGUACACUUACACACACAGGGAAACUACUUCCUGUCAGCCUGCAGAGGUUGUAGUCUGGAAGAGUCGGCGACGUUUUGGGCCAAUCAAACACG